UGAAGGCUCUCAGGAGAUGCUGGUUCCUGUUCUUCCUUGGGGCUGCAGCUUGGGCACACGAGGCUCUGGUGUCCAUUACAUGUGGCCAUACCCGGAUCUCCGUGAUGGUCCCGGCUGCUCUCCUGGGGCCCCGUGUGCUCCAUGGGGAGCUGACCCUGGGGUCUGGCUGUGGGGUGACGGCUGCUGAUAGGGAUGGCUUCCGGCUGGAGCAUCCCCUCAUGGGCUGCGGGACCAGGCUGGAGCUCCUUCCUAACACCAUCCACUACAGCAACAUCCUCCACUACCGCCCCAUAGCCAUGGGGCCCGUGGCUCGCGCCAGGCCCUUCUCCCUGCCCGUGGACUGUUACUACCCCAGGACAGGCAGCGUCUCCUCCGGACCCAUCCGCCCCACUUGGGUCCCCUUCGGCUCCACCGUCGCCCAGCGGAGACGCUUGCGCUUCGCCUUGGAUGCCUAUGACAGGACCUGGGCCUCCCGCCUGCUGCAGCCCAUCUAUGGCCGGGGGGAGCUGCUGAACGUGGAGGCAUCGGUGAGCACGGGCCCCAUCCUGCCCGUGAGGGUCCUGGGGGAUGACUGCGAGGCCGCCCCGAGCGCGGGGCCGCGGUACAAGGUCAUGGACAAGGGGUGCCUGCUCGGCCGUUCCCUGCCCCAGCGCGGGCACCGCUCCCUCCGCUUCCAGCUGGAUACCUCCCUCUUCCCGAACGCCUCCGGCAGCCAGCUCCAUCUCCGCUGCCACCCGAGGGCCGUGGCCGAGGGCGCCGGCAGCACCGUGGGCAGAACCUGCUCCUAUGAUCCCGUAUCCCGUUCCUGGCAUUCCCGGCACGGAGCCGGCUGCUCCUGCUGCGCUUCCCCAUCCGGCUGCAGGGGCCGGCGCCGGCGCUUCGCCAGCAGCCGAGCGCUCCUGCGGGAAGCCACCGUCCGCUUCGGCCCCUUGGGGCUGCUCCCAGCUCUUCCCAGCUCAUCCCUGCUCCCCACAGCGUUCCCUAGGGCAGCAGAGCCGUCACCUCGCAGCCCCUCGGUGCCCAUAGUGCGGGGCGAGAGCAGGGACUCGGGCCUGUCUCUCCCCAUCCCUGGCCCCACACUGGCCAUGGUGGCCAUGAGCUCCGUCCUCGUUGCCGUGGCCGUGACCGGCUGCUAUUGCUCCAUGCGGCGGCACUGGGGUGAGAACAGGAGGGGGGGCCCCGAGGCAGCCCCGGGGGAGCCCAGUGCUAUGGUCCUGGCCCCCACCGCAGCCAUGGGGCCCCCCCAUGCUCAUGGGGACCCUGCCGUGGUGUGA